AUGAUUCAAGUUGAUGGAGCUAUCAAAAACUCAUAUGGUAGCAUCCACCUCUCUUUCCUUAUAAUUCUCCUCUCAUGCUUCAAAUUGCAGGGUCUUGGUUUAGCAACAGCAACCCAUGUAGUUAGAGGAAAUGAAUCUGAUCAUCAGGCUUUACUACAGUUCAAAGCCAAGAUAACAGAUGAUCAGCUCAGGGUUAUGGAGUGUUGGAAUAGUUCCAUUCAUUUCUGUCAUUGGUAUGGUGUUACAUGCGGUCACAAGCAUCAGAGAGUCACCAAGUUAGAACUCAAACUCCUCAAACUCUCGGGAUCUUUAUCACCAUACAUUGGAAAUUUGAGCUUUCUCAGAAAGUUCAACCUUGCGGGAAACAGCUUCAGCAACCAGAUUCCUCAAGAGUUUGGUCGUUUAAGAAGACUGGAAAGUUUAAAUCUGGUGAAUAACUCCAUCAGUGGUGAAAUUCCUUCCAAUUUAUCUGCUUGUUCUAAGCUUACAUCAGUUGAUAUGAGAAGCAACCAGCUGACAGGAGAAAUACCUGCCUCGCUUGGUCUCUUGUCAAACCUGAAAUUCUUGAUUUUGCACAACAACAGUUUGAGAGGGAGCAUCCCACCUUCUUUGGGGAACUUGUCAUCCCUACAGGUACUUAGCUUGUUGAUAAAUGGAUUAAGUGGGACUAUACCUGAAGCUUUGGGGCAACUGAAAAAUCUUUCAGUUUUCUCCAUAGCCGGAAAUGCAAUAUCUGGCGUUAUUCCACUCACAAUGUUCAAUCUCUCAAAUAUUAGAGACUUCGAUGUUGGUGGAAACAAGAUUCAAGGUACACUUCCUUCUGACUUGGCAAUCACAAUGCCAUAUCUUGAGUUCUUUUCUGUACAGGGAAACCAAUUCUCUGGAAAAAUCCCCAUCUCAAUAUCCAAUGCUUCAAAUCUAAAAGUACUUCAAUUUCAGGAUAAUAGCCUUAAUGGAAACGUGCCAUCAUUGGAAAAACUGGAUAAUCUGUUUAGGCUUUGCCUAAACACAAAUCACUUGGGAGUGGGGAGAGAAGGUGACUUGCACUUUCUUUGCACUUUAGUUAAUAAUACCAAACUAGAAACUCUAGCUAUAAGCCAAAAUAAUUUCGGAGGUGCAUUUCCCCAAUGCAUCAGCAAUUUUUCUACCACCCUUUUGAAUUUAGAUAUAUCUGAGAACAAAAUAUGGGGAGGAAUUCCAAAGGGCAUUGGAAAUCUCAUGAAUUUGGAAGUUCUCGUGGCAUCUCAAAAUCAACUAUCAGGUCAUAUUCCCCAUGUUAUUGGGAGACUUGGGAAGCUAAAGAUACUUUUCGCCGAUAAUAAUCUUCUAACCGGGACUAUUCCCUAUUCUAUUGGAAAUUUAGUAGUGUUAACCAAACUUGCUAUAGAUUCUACCAAUCUUCAAGGAAGCAUUCCUUCAAGUCUAGGUAAGUGUCGAAAUUUGGUUGCAAUGAAUAUUUCUCAUAACAAUCUUAGUGGACCAAUACCCCCUGAGGUACUUAUCCCAUCCUUGUCCAUUGCACUAGACUUAUCAUCAAACAAUUUGACUGGUUCCAAAUUUCUUGUGAGCUUUGGUUCAUUGAAGUAUUUAAAUCUCUCUUUCAAUGAUUUUGAGGGAGAGAUACCUAGUGAAGGAGUCUUUAAGAAGGCAACUGCUACAUUCGUCGAGGGAAACAUUAAGCUUUGUGGAGGGAUUCAUGAGUUACACUUGUCUAGAUGUAACUCGAAAACAUCUUCAAAUCCUUCUCUCAGAUUAAAAACUACACUUGUUGUUGUUGUGAUCUUAGGAGUGAUUUUGGUUUUCUCUUUUCUCCUCAUCUUGUGGUUUAGAAAGAAGAAAGAGCAGCAACCAAAAACAACUUGUGUAGAAAAUGUGCUCUUACAGUUAUCAUACCGAAGCAUUCUAAGGGCUACCAAUGGAUUUUCCACGCAGAAUCUGAUUGGUUCAGGAAGUUUUGGUUCUGUUUACCGAGGAAUUCUUGAAGAUAGUGGUGCAGUUAUUGCGGUAAAGGUGCUUAACCUUCUAAACCAUGGAGCUUCCAAGAGUUUCUUGGCUGAAUGUGAGGCCCUGAAGAACAUUCGACAUCGAAAUCUUGUCAAGAUAUUAACUACCGUCUCAGGUGUCGAUUAUCAAGGCAAUGAUUUUAAAGCCUUGGUUUAUGAGUUCAUGGUAAAUGGAAACUUGGAUAACUGGCUGCAUCUAUCCGUCAACAUGAAUGAACCAGAGACAACGAGAAACCUGAACUUCUCCCAAAGAGUUAAUGUGGCCAUAAAUGUUGCUCAUGCCUUGGAUUAUCUUCACCAUCAUUGUGAAGCACCAAUCAUUCAUUGUGAUCUUAAGCCAAGCAAUAUUCUACUCGAUGAGGAAAUGGUUGGCCAUCUAAGUGACUUUGGAUUAGCAAAAGUCCUUUCUACGAACAAGCUUAACUAUUCUGCUAACAAGUCAAGCUCCCUUGAAUUAAGAGGAACAAUCGGUUAUGCACCACCAGAAUAUGGCAUGGGAAGCAAAUUGUCAACAAAAGGUGAUGUGUAUAGCUAUGGCAUCCUCUUGUUAGAGAUGUUUACGGGAAAAAGGCCAACCGAUGCAACGUUUGAAGAAGGUUUGUGUCUUCACAAGUUUGUUGAGACAGCUUGGCCUGGAAGAAUUAUGGAGAUUAUAGACCCCAUUCUUCUUCACGAAAGAGAUGAACGAGGAACAAUUGUAGGCAUUUCUCUCAAUGGAACCAACACAGGAAAUAAAAGACAUUUUCGGUGCUUGAAUUCCAUAUUCGAAAUAGGACUCAAUUGCUCUUCUGAAUCACCAAGUGAGCGGAUGGACAUGCAUGAUGUUGUUACCAAGCUUUGCUCCGUUAGAGACGAGCUUCUUCCAACUCGAUUACACCGCACCGUAUAAACUUAGAUAAGCUGCUCCAUCAACAGGUAUCCAAGGUGCACAGAUGGACCAAAUCUCCUCCAAGCUUGUGGUGAAGUCCAUCUGCUGUCUAUUAUUUUAAUUUGUC